UCGACUGUCGGUACAGAACGUGGACGGCGAAAUGUCGUAACCAAAGAAGUGUGGUGUGCGUGUUGUUAAGGAAAUCUUUGUGAAUAAGUUAAUAAAUAUUUUGUGGUAGUGUAGUGUAUUAACCGCGUGUGACAAUGUUUUGUCAUUACGAAAUAAGUUUUGUGCGUUUGGUUACUAACAGUAGGGUUAAUGUACUGUUGGAGCUGUCUUGAAAAUUAAAUAUGGACGGCAAGCUUUUUGUGUAGUGUCAACAGCAUCAUGAAGAAACGGAGACCAUGUACAGCCAAAUUUCUCCACGGAUCUACAUCCGUUUCCUGUUACAAUGGAAUAGCAUUUCUGUGACGCCGUCCUCUCUUUCUUACGUGAGAGAAGGUCUUGGCAAGGUGCGCCCUGUCUCACAGGCCUUGUCUCCGGAGCUCUGUUCCUCGCCUCGCCGCUCCCCGCGCCUAAGUCCUGCUUCCCGGGAUAACAUAACAACAAGGCUGCAACUGGUAAAUGGUCUGCGUUACGAGCAUCAGAACUUGUCUGCUGGAGGCGUGUGGAUGCUGUCCUGCAUUUUCAGACGCACCCAUGACGUUUCUACACCACUACAAGUAAAAGUUACCACUCCAAGAAUAAAGAAUCUCUACUAAGAAGAGAAAUAUAUACAGAUGCGUAACUACAUAGUUGUUCGUUGAAUAUCGCAUGGAAAGUUGGAAGUAAGUUUAGUUCGUAUGUGGAAAGAACAGCUUUUUUGGACAUAGUCGAAUAUUCGUACGAAGUUCUCCGUUAUUUUACUGUGCAAAUAUUACAUAUUACUUCAGUACCCCAUAUUUAUCUACAUGUGCGAUCAUGUUUAAGUUAGAAAUGAAAUUUUUUUUUCAGUGUUUAAUAUCAGAUCAUUUUUAAAGCCAGUAAUGAAAGAUUUUAUCAUUAUCGAAGUUUCCGGCCACUCCAGGGACACGAAGAAGGGUUCCAAACGAAUGUACAGUGCUGAUGGUUAAAUUUGAAGUUUCUGUCUCAUUUGUGAACAAAAUUUUUAUAAUUCUUUUUAAUAGUGGACAAUGACGUCCAUAAUUGGUGUGAUAAAAUUAUUUAGUAAUGACAUAUUCGUAUGUGAUUAUUACACUCUAAAACCAAACGGGUUUCAAGGUGGUGGUGGUGGUUGUGGUGUUUGUUAGGUUGAUCAUGUAGAAGAGUUUAUUAAAAGCAAAAUGACUCGGGGGUAAGUGUGAAGUGUGGUCCAUUUAUCAAGAAAGUACAUUAUUUUAAUUUUUAUCUAAAGAGAUAAGUGUGUUUCCCCUUCAACCUCAUCCCACUAUGGGUGAAUUUACAUAUACAGGACGUGCUUCUAAAUACUCGGUGUUACCCCGAUAUUGGAUUCAAGUUGUACAGUUGGUAACCGUGCUGCAGGUAUUACAUGUCCACAGCGGUGUAAGUACAGCGAGUGGUAAUGGUGGCAACACGCCAGUAAUGAGUACACGGAUAGUUCAAACGCGUUACGGAAAACUUCAAGGCCUGGUUUUACCGAUGGAGAAUCAACGUCACUUGAAGCCUGUCGAAGUUUUCUUAGGGAUCCCUUACGCAACCCCUCCAGUAAGAUCGAAUAGGUUCAGUCCGACGCGAACCCCGUCGCCGUGGGAUGGCGUGAGGAUAGCGGAUACUCAUGGCCCCGUGUGUCCUCAGAAACUGCCUGACAUCUCCAACGAGACGGCCGCCCUGGAGAGGAUGCCGAAGGGUAGAGUGGAAUACCUCAAGAGGCUGCUGCCGUAUCUGAAGAACCAGAGCGAGGACUGUCUGUACCUCAACAUCUACACUCCAGUACAAGUGGGGCCAACCGACGUGAUGCAGCGGUUCCCUGUCCUGGUGUACGUUCACGGAGAAUCAUUCGAGUGGAAUUCUGGGAAUCCGUACGAAGGCAGUUUCCUGGCCAGCUACUCCGAUCUGGUGGUCGUUACGAUAAACUAUCGACUUGGUAUCCUUGGUUUCCUGAACGCCAACUUGGCGCCACAUUUGAAGGCCCGAGUUGCUAACUACGGGUUGAUGGACCAGAUAGCAGCACUGCAUUGGAUACAACAGAAUGUGGCGCUCUUCGGCGGUGACCCUGGUAACGUGACGCUGUUCGGUCACGGGACCGGCGCAGCGUGUAUCAAUUUCUUGAUGACGUCACCCACCGUGAUGCCAGGACUCUUUCACCGCGCCAUCCUUUUGUCCGGGUCGGCGCUGAGCAGUUGGGCACUUGUUGAAGACCCGGUCAGUUUCGCCGUGCGUCUCGCGCGACAGGUGAACUGCUCCAUACCCGAGGACCUGUACAAAGACCACGAGAACAUCGUCGACUGCUUGCGGGACGUACCUCUCGAAGAACUUCUCCGAGCCGAUGUGUCGGCUCCGACGUAUCUCAGUGCGUUUGGACCUAGUGUUGACGGCGUGGUCAUCAAGACAGACUUCCAGAAAGAAAUCCUCACGUAUUUCCACCCUGAUAUGCAGGGGUAUGCCGGGUCUAUGGGGGGUGUUAACAGUAAUAUGAAGAGAAGUGGUGACGCGACUUUAGCGGCAAUAGCGAACAGUGCCGGUGGUAAUCGGUAUGAUUUAUUAUUCGGCGUCGUUACGAGUGAGGCGCUUUGGAGAUUUUCGGCGUCCGACAUUCAAGCCGGAUUUGAAGGCGAACGUAGGGAUAAGAUAUUAAGGACUUACGUCAGGAAUGCGUACACGUAUCAUUUAUCAGAGAUCUUCUUUACUGUAGUGAACGAGUACACCGACUGGGAGAGGACGGUUCAACACCCGAUCAACACGCGGGACGCCACUGUGGCGGCGCUCAGCGACGCUGAGUUCGUGGCCCCGCUCGUGCAGACGGGGGACCUCCUCAGCUACAGGGUGCUCUCGAACCCUGGACCCGGUGCUACUAAGUCGUUUUUCUACGUGUUUGAUUACCAGACUAAAGAUGGCGACUAUCCGCAGCGGAUGGGCACGGUUCAUGGGGAGGAGCUGCCCUAUGUGUUCGGCGCUCCGCUGGUGGACGGAUUCAGCCAUUUCCCGCGUAACUACACGAAGUCUGAGGUUGGACUCUCAGAAGCCGUCAUAAUUUUCUUCAGCAGUUUCGCCAGGACGGGGAACCCAAACGAAUACCACAAACAGGACGCCAUCUUGGCGGGGUCUAAGGAGAGAAAUCGCUUCAGGAAUAUCGUGUGGGAUGAAUACGACAAUGUCCAUCAGAAGUACCUCGAAAUAAGCAUGAAACCACGGAUGAAGAACCACUUUCGGGCUCACCAAUUAUCGGUGUGGCUUCGACUCAUCCCAGAACUGCACAGAGCAGGAAUAGAAGACGUCGUCGCGCGUCACAAUCUCUUCCGUAAUCAUAACGACGCCGAUCUUUACGACGGCGUAGUCCGUCCCGAUCCCCUGUCAAGAGGCACGUCUACACCGUUUUAUGACGGCGCCCCGGGUACCAACGGGGUCCGAGGUCCUGAUAUUUACUUCGGACCCACGAGCAUUCUGGGUCCGAGACACAAGAGUGGUAAUGGGAGUCUGGAAUUGAUCCCAGGGGCUGUCACGACGAUGGACACGCUGGUGACGACCUGUAUCACGGUUGUUGGUAGCGGAAGUAACUUUCAAGGUCAAUCGACGCACCUUCUUCAACAUGGAAAUACGACGGGCGAUUCGUUCGCGAGUCUAGAAGCGGCCGGAUACGCCGCGUAUUCGACGGCCCUCAGUGUUACUAUAGCCAUCGGUUGUUCCUUGCUCAUCCUCAAUGUCCUUAUAUUCGCCGGUGUCUAUUAUCAGCGUGAUAAAACUCGACUUGAAGUGAAAGCUCUUCAACAACAACAAAACAGACAUAAUCCAGGCGCAAAUUUCGAUAGUAUCGGAAAACAUCACGUGGGGCAUUACCACGUGGGGCAUUCUGGAAGUGGUAGUGUUAUCGUCGACGUCGAACAGGAUACGUCGGCGAUGAUGAUGACGGCUGGAACGGUCGUGGCGACUUCUGGAAUUACGCAGAGCGGAGGACAGAUUACGAUGUCGCCUUCGAACGCUCUAACGAAACAUCAUCACCUGGGGAGUAACAUGGUGACGACGAAUCUGCUGAAAGCCCCUCCUCCAUCGCCAAAUGUCAUCGGUCAACAGCAGCAUAUCAUUAGGGGUGAAAAUACGUCGCCGAAGAAUGUUAACCUCGCUAAUAAUAUCGCGAACGUGCAGAGCGGGAAUGUGGAUACGUCGCAGUUGGCGCUCGUAUCGCCUUCGCCACCGAAUGGUUCGGCGACGCUACACCUGUCCGUGCCAGUGCCACCUCCACCACCUAGAAACAAAAGUCCUCCGGAGUCACAACCUCUUCUAACGUCACAUCAUCAUCCGUUGCGUCAUAGUAGCGGUGGAUCUUCGAUGACGCACGGGAAAGGCGUUCUGAGAUUGCCCGCGGCGGCGAUGGACGAAAUGAGGGUUUGAUCUGGGGAUCCUAGGAUCACGGAUAAAAGAGAUCGUGGCUGAAUCUUUAAAAUAAAAGCUAAGAACGAGUUGAAUGACGAAAAUGUUUAACGUUGGUGCGCGUAUAGUCUUGAAGAAUGAGUUCACUUUCAACGUCGUAAUUUUUUUUUAUAUAUAUAAUUUAGGGGCAACCGGGGGCACUUGCAAAAUUUAUUUCGAUUAAUUUGAAAUAUAAAUCGUAAUUAUAGAAAAGUGCGCGUGUUUUUUUAAGACCGUCUUCAAAGAAAUAAGUACAAAAAAUUGACGUAAUAAUAAAAAUCACUUAAAAAUCGGCUAGAGAUCUUCACUUACAAAUAUAAUUGUUUAAUUGUGACGUAAAAGAUAUAAUUUCUUCGUUGAGUUAAACAAAUAUAAUGUAUAAUUGAUUGAUUAUUGUGUCGUUUUUAAUUUACUGACGAAUACGUCGUCUCAAAUAGAAGUUUGAAUGGAUUCUUUGCGCGCGUCGAAUGUAAUAUCUGAUGUAACUUCACUUUUCCGUAGCCAAAAUAUAAAAAUUGGUAUUGUAAUAAUGUUUCCUUUCGGGAUUGGACUUAAUUUCGUCUGAUGACGUCGUGAUAAUAUUAUCCGAAGAUAUUUUGUAAUACCUAAGUAAUGAAUUACUUCCACAAAGUAAUAUUCAGUAAUAUGUGUAAAACGGUGUGUACGAUAUUGUUUUUUUUUGAAAUAUCGAAGAAAUUGAAUUGAUUUUGGUUUUUGAAGUUGCGUCAUAAUCACGUUCAUGAGAAAGUCUCUCUGGCUUGUAAAAUUCUUCAUAAUGUAGUGUUUCUUUCGUAUAAAAUGAAGACGAGCGAUUAUUAGAAAUUGCCAGAUAAGAAAUCGGUACCACGGUGCGUAGACGUGGUUCUACUGUCUUUUGUUUUUAAUGUUGUUCAUUUAACGUGAAAUAAAAAGAAAAAUAUCAAGAAAUGCGUCAGACUGUUGUCCAAAUGACAUUAAAAUGUCUUCAAACACGCUCAACAUUAAUGUAAGUUUAUUACGAACACUAUACAGGGUGGUGGAAUUCGUAUAAAGGUUUGUUGCGGUAAGUACGUGUGUUUAUAAGAACUUGUGACCGAUGGUUCUACUAUUCAAAAACUGAAAUUUCUACGCGAGUUAAAGGAGCAGCUGGAUUUUUUUUUUUGGUAUUUGUUGCAAGGCCUACAAUGUUCACUCGAAUCAAAAAUGUACGUCUUUGUUACAGGCCUAUUAAAGCAACAAUUCUACAGCGACAGAGUUUACUGAAGUCUUUUACUGGAAUUUGUGAAUACUGGUAGGUAAAAACAUGAAUGAAACAUUUUGGAAACAUGAAAUGGAUAAUAACUAUGUCAAUAUUUGUGUUCCUGAAAUUAGCGUAUUAAUAUAAUUGUUUUCUAUGUUUGUUUGAUUUUUUUUGCGUGUAAAAUAAUAAUAAUAUGAAUCUACUAUUAUAUUAAAUUUGUAGUUAUAUUGAAGACUAGAAGUUUUCAGAAUGAAAUGGAGAUAAUUACAGAGUUGGGACUAUGAAAAAAAAAAUACAGGGCGUUCAUAAGUAAAACUUUAUCGUUCGAGUAUUGUGACUGGGUCGCCGUGCGUCACAGUAGCAUUCCACUAAAGUGUUACGCUCCAUAAUUAAAAUCUGGCUUCUAACCCAGGGUUUUAACCCCCCUACUUCUGUAUGAUAAAGGUUAAUAAAGGUAAAGACAUGAAACUGCGAAUAUCGAGGUCUUUUAAGGAGAAUAAUUUUAAAUUUCUUCGAUACUUUGUUCGCUGUUUCUUCAGAGUAGUAGACUGACAAAAUAAGAAACCACUUUGCCCCUAAAGCGCGGCCCAUCCACGUAGGAGUCCGACUCGGGUCGGGAUCCAUCGAGCCAGACUCGUUUGUGGGUGUCAGGAGCCGAGUCUGCUACGCAAUCGCGGUGAAAUAUGUCCGAGCCCGGCUCGCGAGUCAAGCUCGCCGAGCCAGACUCGUACGUGGAUGGGUCGCUUAAGAAACAGAUUUCAACGAGUAAGCAAAAGGGAGAGAGUGAAAUUUCCAUAUUUGUGACGAACCUUGUAUUUCAGGAAUACGUAAUUUAAAUGAAAGUGAAGAGAGUGGUGUUGUUUGGACUGAAUGUGUUUCGUGUUUGUUUAUCGUGCUCAAGCGUAUGAACAUUUAAAAAUUGAAUACGAUUAUGUAUCUAACUUUAAUUAAAAAGUUAAUACAACUAUUAAAAGUAUGUAAGUAAAUAAAUAUUUAUGUUGUAUUUUCAUAA